AUGUCUCAAGAUCACAGCUUCCCAGUACUCCUGGAAUUGCUUCAGUGCAAGAGCAAGGAACUCUUUGAUGAGGUGUUUCAGCCAAGACCAGAAGACGGCGAUGUGAGUGUCUUCUGCUAUGCAGAGUUUAAGCUUAGACUGAUGGGCUAUUCAUGCCUCAUCCCUGGAUUCUCCACAUUACUGGCAAACCUAAUUUUGCCAGAUAGGGUUGAAGAUAUCGCCAGUGUACGUACAUCCGUUAAUCUAAGUUGAUUGGUGUUUUUGUUAGUAAUCAAGUUUCCUAAGGGCUAUUGAUACAUUGGGUUAGCGAAGUUUGAAGCUUGUGUCACAUAACUGAAUGCUGUAUUUCCAGCAGACCCAUGACUUGUGCUAUUUAACCUGGCUCUACUUCACCGCAGUUACAGCAACUGCUGUCGGCUAUGGUGAUGUCUCAUGCAAGACAAUAAUAAGCAGAUUAAUCCUCACCUAACCCUUGCCACAAUGGCAGAUAUUGAAAGUAAACUGUGGCUGACAGUCUUUGAUAAAAAAUACAGGUCAUCAGAUCAUGAGGGUAAUCUUCGUACUGAAGAUUGAAGAAAUAGGAGGUUAUGCUGAGAUAUCCCAU